AUGAUUCCACUGAGCAGACGAAGUACAAGGAAAGAAGUAAACAGAGGCUCUUGGACAGCAGAGGAAGACCAGAAACUGGCUCAAGUUAUUGAAAUCCACGGUCCAAAGAGGUGGAAGUUUGUUGCAACCAAAGCAGGUCUUAACCGAUGUGGGAAGAGUUGCAGGUUAAGAUGGAUGAACUAUCUGAGACCCAAUAUUAAGAGAGGCAAUAUAUCAGACCAAGAAGAAGACUUGAUACUUAGGCUUCAUAGGCUCCUAGGAAACAGGUGGUCAUUGAUUGCUGGAAGACUACCAGGUAGAACCGACAAUGAGAUUAAGAAUUAUUGGAACUCCCAUUUGAGCAAAAAGAUAAAGCAGAGAGAAAGACAAAACAGAGCAGUCUCAAAAGCAGAACAAGAGUCCUCUGACACUCAGACUAUCCAGGUAAUGGAGGUGAAUGCUCUGACAAUUGGAAGAGAAGAUGCCUCCAAAUGUGAGGAGAGCUUCAAGUCUGGCUUCAAUGGAGAUGAGUUUUUUGACUGCUCAAGUGAUGAAGGGCUUUUGAACUUGGAAUGGAUGAAUAAAUUCCUUGAAAUGGAUGAGAGUUGGUUUACUUUGCAUGACAUUUAA